GCAGGAUGUGAAGCCUCGCUAGAAGAAGCAGGAGGAUGGCGAAACCAGGCUCGUCUGCGGCGGUGCUGCUGCUCCUGCUGGGCUUCCUGUCGGUGUCCUCCGUUAACGCCGACACCCUGCUGUCAGCUCCGCUCAAUGUGACCAUCAGAGAGCUUGAGGUCAACUCCGCCGUGGUCACGUGGGAAAUCUUGGAGGGGGACCCUGUCAUUGGAUUCGCCAUCACCCAACAGAAGAAGGAUGUGCGCAUGCUGAGGUUCAUCCAGGAGGUGAACACCACCACGCGCUCCUGUGCACUGUGGGAUCUGGAUGAAGACACCGAGUACAUCGUCCACGUUCAGAGCAUUAGCAUGGGAGGCAGCAGCCCCCCGAGUCAGCCAGUUCAAUUCAGAACGCCCAAAGAGUCAGAGAAGAUGGCGUCCAAGAGUCCAGACGAGGUGACAAUGGAGGAAUUUGGUCAUGCCGCCCAGCUGAGGGCUGGAGAGCUCAUCAUCAUUGUAGUGGUACUCAUCAUGUGGGCAGGGGUCAUCGCCCUGUUUUGUCGUCAGUAUGACAUCAUUAAAGACAAUGAGCCCAACAACAACAAGGACAAAGCCAAGAACUCCUCAGAGUGCAGUACUCCUGAGCACCCACAGGGCGGGCUACUGCGCAGCAAUGUCUAAGACCAGCCUUGCAUCGCCUUCUGCAAUAACCAAUUCCUUGAACCUCAGGACAGAGCCUGAGACCAACAGAAAGCCAUUCUCAGACACCAUCGUACUGAAGAACAGAUUAAUCAUUACAGAAGCUCUGCUUGACACAAAGAAGAACUCUUGAAAUAAAACAGACACAAAUCUGAACGUGUAGAAUCGCAGGCUGCCAACAGUAAAACAGGAAACAGAAGAGGACGAAACCACCUUCACUUUUGUUGUGACUAAAAACACUGGACUGUAGCCUACUUUGUGUGAACAGCCAGUAUAGACACAAGACAUAAAAUGGCUGUCGGUCAAAGCACCAGAGGGGACUUUGUUUCCUCUUGAAAAGAACUGCUUGAUUCAUACGUUCUGGUUACCCUUCAUCAGUGGCAUCCAAUCCCAGGAGGGGCUCAUCAAACAUGAAUAUCUGAGUGAUUUUUUUUUUUUUUUUCAAAUUCAGGUUUGUACUGGUCAGCGAUGGGAGAAAUGUAGUCUGCCUCACAGGAAUAGCUGGUCCUUUAGGUCCACAUAUCAGUCAGCACACAACAAAACAAGCUCUGCUUUGUUUUAAACCAAGGACUUUCUCUUUUCUAUCUGUCCAUCUGUCAUGACCUCUUUUCUGUUUUUAUUACAGCCCUUUGUGUAGCAGCUCACCUCUCUCCCUGACUUUCUGUGCCGGUGUCUCUCUAAUAAGCACAUUGCUGUUUGGUGCUCCUCCACUUGCGAUUGUUUGAGCCCUCACAACCCCAGUCUUGAUUACGGUAUCAUUUUGAUAUUGUGUCUGACAUAUUGUACAUUGAGUCUUAUCUCCUUGCAUUUCUCUCUCUCUCUCUGUCAUCAGUUAAAUGAUGUGCCUGUUUUUCUGUCUCCUCUCUGAACUGGAAUCGUAACGCCCCUGUCAGUGCGGGGAUAAAAUCUGUAUGUUUUGGGGUUUUUUUUUAGUUUUCUUUUGCAGCACCCCAUAUUUUGCUUAAAUGAGUCAGAUGAUGCUGUCUGAAUACAGCCAUGAUUGAGACAAAGUUCAAAGGUUGGCCAGGAAAUCUCUUAUGAAAGCAAUGUCUCACCCCAAAUCAAAAUUUUACAACAACUUUCAGUUUUGAAUUCCAGAAGUUAACAUUAGUUUCAAACUUUUUUUAAAAAAACUGGCAUGGCUGAAAAAUGGCUGAUUUGGGUUCAUAUGGAGGUUUAUUGCUCAUCACUGCAUAUUCAGCACCAUAUGCUGUCUGUGGUCUGCAGCAGGAUGUGCAGGGAAUAAGGAUAGAGAUAUGCAGGGCAUCAUUUGUAACGAAAUGUAUACACAGGGCAAAGUUUGGCUGGGUUUCCACUCUGGUUUGGCUGAAG